AUGGUUAAAGAGGUGGAAUGGGCUAUAUACGUUUUGCCAAACUUCGGCAAGGAAGCUCCCAAAUCACCCAAGCCCACAGAGGUCAAGAAGCGACCUCCACCUAAGAGGGAGCGCUCCCAGGACGUUCCCUCCGACCCCUCGGCAAAGCGGCAACGCGUACAGCCAGGGCGAUCCUUUGCGGAGAUCGCGAAAAAACGCAUUCUCCUGGGCGUGGUCGAUAAAAACGACCCGAGUGACAGAAUUCCACGAAAGAAGUGGAAGUGGGUAGAAGCAGCCCUAGCCACAAAAUGCUUUGAAAUUCUAGCCAAAGAACCUGGCCCCCUCCUGUCUGCAAAGACCGUGGGCGGUGUCAAGGUGAUCGCCUGUGACGAUGAACGCUCUGCGGAGUUGUACAAAGCUGCAGUAAAGGAGCCGGGGGAGGUGAUCUGGAUCCCGGCAUCCAUCAAGGCGCCGGACCAGAUCCUCACCAUGCUGCAGCGAUGCAACCCGAACCUUUUUACCUCAGACUGGCGAGUGGUGAAGGUCGACGAAAUGGAGGGGCCAACAAACCAGGCUAUCCUCACCCUAAACAAGGAGUUCCUAGCUCCCAUUGAGGCCGCUCACGGGGAGCUAGACUUCGGGUUUAGCUCAGUGACCAUAAAGGUUUACAAAUCAGACUCCGCCAAGGAGGAUCGAGGAGAUUGCCUCCGAGUUCGAGGCAUCGGAAACCGAACACGGCUACUCGACCGAUGCCUCGCAGCCUUGCGAACAUGGGUCUAA